AUGUUCAUGCUCAAGAGCCGUGACCAGAAUAAUGUUGAGCUGAUCCAGAUCCCUACGGGCGCUCUAUACCUUGUGCGCCAGGAACAGCCGCAAGGAAAUCGCGAAUGCGUGUACCAUAAUGCAGUAGCGACGAUACGGCGCACGUCGACGUCGCGCAACUACCAGCUUGUGAUAUCGCGUGCAGUCUCAGAGGAUGAUAAAGAAAGGUCUGAUGCGGACGACGAAAUGGCGUUUUUGAUCGACGAGGGACUUCAAUUCUACGCGACGGCGCAUGAGGAUUAUCCUGCGUUUAUGUGGCGCGACUUUGCCGACGGACUUGCCGACUCGAUCGAGUUUAUCAUGGACCCACGCAAAGUAAACUCGGUUACACGCUCGAUCUUUGAAGUCACAUUUUUGCAGUGUGCGUGGGAGCGCAAGACGGGGCGGAGCCAUGAAGAAGCUACCGACGAGGAUCUCGAGCAGCUCAAGUAUCAUCCCGAUGGCAGCACGAAGACCAAACAAGUGCCGGAUGCGCCGGAUGCGCCGGCCGCUCCCGCUCCCGCUGCCGUUAAGCCCGCCAAGCCGACCGAAUCGCUGCAGUCUAUCACCGGCACGAGCGAUCCGCAGAUUGUCCUUACCGCCACGGCCGACCUGUACCUGUACGACCAAGGGAGCGGCCUUUUUAUGCGGCAAGAGAAGCACGUCACCGCAAAAGUCGCCGAGGCCGGCCGUUUCCUGUACUGGAUGGUCGUCGACGGUGCCGAAGCGCCGUGGCUAUCGCAGGCGGUGAGCAGCCGCAUGAAUAUGAACUUUUCGCUGGAAAAUUUGUCUUCCGUAUGGAACUAUUACGACGAGGAGCACCGCGUUUUUUCCUGGCUACUGCGCUUUGCAGACAAAGAUAAAUACACUGCGUUCCAAGAAUCUUUUUCGCGCCUCUUGUGGGAAACGCUGCACGAAGAGUCCUGGAAUAAAGCCGCGCCGAUCGAGCAGCGGUACGUCCAGCAGGCGUACGAGCAGGACGUGGCAAUGACACCAGCCGAUGGUGAGGCAGCAGAGCACCGCACGCUGCUCUCUCCGCGGCACACAAGCGCGCUGAGCGACGACGACGACGCAGACGAAGUCGAGGCCGAGCUCGAUCCCAUGGACGAGGACGACGAGCAGUUUCAAGACGCCGUACCCGAGCCAGCGCCCAUCCGCGCACCGAGCGAUGGCGAGGUCAAUUCGCAGCUUGCGGUCGGCUACAAGUUUGACCGAGCGUUUGUUGUGCGUGGCGACAAGAUCGGCGUCUUUCGCCAUACGGACGACGACCGCCUCGAAUUUGCCAACUCGAUCAAUAAAAUUAGCACGCCCAAAGGGAAGCUGUUCACUCCGUCGCGUGUCAUGCUUCACGAGCAGGACUCGGCAAUGGUGCUUAUGGACCCUAAUAACAAGCACGCACUUUACCGCAUGGAUCUCGAGUACGGCAAGGUCGUCGAGGAGUGGAAUGUGAAUCCCGACGUGCCGGUGACCAAUAUUUUGCCCAACACCAAGACGGCGCAAAUGUCUGCCGACAAGACACUCAUCGGCACGUCGCGCAACGGCAUCUUCCGCAUCGAUCCCCGCAUGGAAGGAAACAAGCUCGUAGACUCCCAGUUCAAACUCUACACGACCAAGCACGACUUUAGCGCCGCGGCAACUGACGACAAUGGCCGGAUUGCUGUGGCAAGCAAUAAAGGCGACUUGCGCCUCUUUGACCAGAUCGGCAAGAACGCCAAGACGGCGCUGCCGGCGCUGGGCGAUCCGAUUAUCGGCGUCGAUGUUUCCUCCGACGGCCGCUGGGUGGUCGCAACGUGCCGCUCCUACCUUUUGCUGAUCGAUACACUCAUCGAGGAUGGGCGCUACAAAGGCAGUCUUGGCUUUGACCGCAGCUUCCCUGCCGAUGCACGUCCACUCCCACGCAGGCUUCAGCUCCGGCCGCACCAUGUUGCGUACAUGGAGGAGGAAGUGCAUUUUACCCCCGCACACUUUAAUGUCGGCUCGAACAAGGAGACGAGUAUCGUGACUUCGACGGGCAAGUAUGUCGUGUCCUGGUCGUUUGAGCAAGUCAAAGGGGGAAAUCCGUUUGCGUACGUCUUGAAACGAUUCGAGGGGACUGUUGUGCGCGACGAUUAUACGUACGGCUCCGACCAGUCGAUUGUCGUUGCAUUUGAAAACGAUGUGCAGCUCGCGCAUCGUACACAGCUCCGGAAACCAACACGCGCGUCGCUUGCGCCGGGCACGAUCCAGUCGCCAAGUGCGGGAAAGACGACGCGUAGGCAAACGCGAGCGUAG